CUCCGAAUCAAACCAUGGGUCGCGGCCGUUUCAAGCGCGGGUAGCAUCGUCGUCAGCCUGCUCGGCGCAUUCCUCUUCAUGCGGUACCAAGCGCGGCGUGCGCUGCGCAAGGGACAUGCCGUGUUUAAACAAGGCUCGAAGCAGAAAGAACAUCGCAAGUUUUCGUUGCAGACGCUGGUCGAGCGAGAUGCUGUGGACCAGGAUGAGCCGUUUAUGGAGGCACCAAGCGCAGAACUAGGCGAGAGCUCGAUCGACUUCGCUCACUCUGCGGCUGUAACCCGAAUCACUGCAAAUUCAGGCUACGCGAACACUUCGGGCGACUCGGCCGAGGUUGCGCCACGGCGCACUCUGCCACAGCCAGUGCGUAUCGUGCCGCUCGAUGAGCACAAUGCGUACCUGGACGACCGGGUGAUUGACAUCAGCUCCAUGCGAGAGCUGGAUCUCCCGCCGAGGUACUAUUCACCGUUGGAUGCCGGCUUUCAGUUUCACAGGAGUUCGCAGCGUACGCCUUCCAGACGCCCUCUGCCCACACCUCCAGAGCCGACAUUCAGUAUCAGCAAGGGAGCUGGACCUGUAGCAUGAGCACCGCAUUCAUUAUUUUUAUUGUAUUGCUAGUGGCCUCGCUGUGUCUUAUAGCCAAGCUACGAGGGUUCAAGCGUUGUAUCAUACCAGCUUGCAUUUUUCUUGCGAAUACCGGACCCCUAC